UUUUCAGAUUGAUUCAAAAUUUCUCAAAAUGAUCACUGGAUAUUGUGGUUUCUGCAAGACCGACUACGUCGGAGUGGAUCACGGAAAUAAGUGCUAUUACAAAUACUACUACGACUACGAUCUCGAGGAGUUUAUGCCACUGAAGUGUCUCGACUGCCAACCAAAAAUCACCGAGAAGAACCUUUUUCCACAAGAAGGAACAUUUUGGGAUCCGAAGAUGCAAAAAGCCGUGAUGCCAUUUCAUAAUGUUGUGACAAAUUGGAUUGAGUACUACAUCUAUGAUAUCAAGGAGAAGUGUCUCGAGCAAAUUGAACCAGUGGUUCCACCGGUAUCCUAUGAUCCAACUCCAGUGGGCGAUCGGAUUUGCAUUGUGGACUCGAAAACUGAAACUAUCUUGAUUCGUCGUCAUCCAGAACAUGGUCAUGUUUGUACUCAACAAUUCAUCAAUGGAGAGUAUCAAGAUGUUCCAAAUACAAAAGUGAAUACUCUUCAAAUGAAGGAGCUAAAGCGGUACGGUCAAUGUAGAAGUCUCACUCAUUAUCUCAGGCUUCCAAUUCUCAAUACAAGCUACUGCUUUAAAAGCGAUCAAUAUAUCGUUCGGGUGCCGGGAAGAAACAACGAGAAGCCGAAGGAAUUCUAUUUUGAUAGAGAAUUCAGCUGUUUCAUGCCAUCACUUUUAACUGUACCAGAGGACAUUCUAUACCCUGAGUACUCGGUUUGGAGUGAAUCCCUCAAGAAACAUGUCACAUUUACCGCAGUCUGGAAUGGAAGAAGCGAGAUAAUUGAGCAGUACGUGUAUAACUGUGAACAAGGACAAUUUGAACAAGUACAUGUACCGGAGCUUGUCUACGAUCCAAAUCAUGAAGUUCCAAUGAACAUUUUGUUUAUACAAAUGUCAAAAGACAGACCAAUUGUGAUUAUGAAAGAUGAAGAUGGAAAUUUUGUGAAACAAGAGUACGAUUCAUUGAUUGACUGCUUUGUAGCAAUUUCACCAAAAGACGCAAAGAUUCUUCCACGCGAAUACGACGAGAAACUUAUAUAUGGAAAAUACGGUAUGGCCAUUUAUUCCAUUAAGCCAGAGCCAGUGAAGAAAGUUGGUGGGCCAUUUGGAGGUGUCAAAGGAGGAUCAUUCGAAGGACUUCCAGAAAGACCAGAAAAUGGAUUUUCAUUUGAAACUGAAAAAGAGCAAUCUGCAUCGACUGGUUCAGAAUCACACGAUGAGCAGGAAACUGUAAUUGAAAGCGAAUCAAUAACUGAUUUCCUUUCACGAAUUCUAGGAGAAGAUUGGCUUACUCCAAAGCCGCUAUCUACAACUUACCAGAAACCAUUGAAAAAAUCCAGUGUCCAUGAUGAAUCUGCUGACGAGAUUGACCUUAUAUUAGCUAAGAAAUCGAAGCGCACAGCUGUACCAACUAUUUCUAAAUCUGAUGAAGUUGAGAAUGUAGAUCCUCCAAAAGAAUAUGGAAAUCUCGAAGUAGAUCAUGAAGCCAUGCUUCACCAGAGACCACUGAGGAAAGUUGCGGUUGUCCAGCGGGAAUCCGAAUCUGCUUACGAAUCUGAGCAAGGAUCAGAUGGAGAAACAUCGGAAGAAUCAUUUUUAGAAAGAGCUUCUUUAUUUGACGAAUAUGAUAGAAUGAUUGAAAUUCUGGCAGAAGAAUAUGAUACACCUGACGAGCAAACUCCAUGCACCAAAUUUGAGGAAUAUCCUGACGAAUCUGAUGAAGAAUCCGAUCAAUCAGAUGACGAAUCUGACUUUUCUUAUAUGGCGGCACCUUCUGAAUCUGAAGAUAGCUAUGAUAAACUGGUUGAGAAUUUUUCGCAGGAUUAUCAAAAACUUGUCCGUAAAAUGUCAUUCACCAAAAAUGGAGAUCAACAAAGGCCCUUGAAGAAAGUUGGUGGACCAUUUGGAGGAGUCCAAGGAGGAUCGUUUGGAGGAUUUGCGGAGACCAAAGGCAAUGGAUUCUCUUUUGAAAAAACUGCCGAAGUUGAAUCCAGCAAAGAUCAACCAAUGAAGAAAUUUAAUUUUGAUGUUCAAGACUCGGAUCAAUCAGGUCUCAAAUCGAAAGUUGUAUCGGAUUCCUAUGAGUAUGAUAAAGUCAUGAAGACUCUUCAACAAGAAUAUGAUCAACUUCGUAACAUCCUAUCAAAAUAUCAAAAGCCGCUGAAAAAAGUUGGCGGACCAUUUGGAGGUGUUAAAGGUGGAUCAUUCGAAGGAUUGCCACAAAGGCCAGCCAAUGGAUUUUCGUUCGAAACUGAGAAAGUUCAAUUGGAUGUUCUAUCUGAUUCGGAGGAAUCUGAUGAACAGCAAACUAUAAUUGCGACUAUCGCGAAAACAUCCAGUAUUUUGUACGAAGAGUUCAUGAAAUUAAUUGAAUUUAAAUUCUAACUUUUUUUUGUAAUUUUAUUUUAACUUUCUUGUAAAGCGUCUUGUUUGUUUUAAUUAAUUUGGAAUACGAUUCCAGAAUAAAUGUGAUUUAAAGU